UAACCACUAAUAAAUUCAUUUUUUCAGCUUCCUGCAUUUAGGGUUUUGUUUAGCAGUCUCGAUUUCGCCUAGCUUCCUGAGCUUCCGCCGCAUCCGUCUACAGAAUGGAUUCUCAGAUCAAGCACGCCGUGGUCGUAAAGGUCAUGGGCAGGACCGGUUCUCGUGGUCAGGUGACUCAGGUUAGAGUUAAGUUCACUGAUUCAGACCGCUACAUCAUGAGAAACGUGAAAGGACCGGUCAGGGAAGGAGAUAUCCUCACUCUCCUCGAGUCCGAGAGAGAAGCUAGAAGACUCCGUUGAUUCCAUUCUCUUACAGAUGUCUUCUCAAAUUUUACAUUUUGUGAUGGUCUCUUGUUUCUUGGUCUUGUAGUCCAAGUUUUUUUCCUUCUUUCUUUUGCUGCUUUGUUUUUAAUUAAUUACUUGAGGUUUUGUUAAGACAAAGUUUGAAUCUAGGAAUGAAUCUUUUAUAAAAUCAUGAAAAUGAAAAUGUGCUGCUAUUAUUCUCAA